GUGAAGGGGUCUAUACGAUGGACGCUUCACUAUCCCAUGAUGCCCCGGGAGAGGAGUUAUCGAAGAAGAAGAGGCAUGCGGCUGUUUUCGCCAUAGAUAUGUAUAAAGGCUAGAUGGCUCGUCCGCGCUGAUGGCCAAUUGAGUGGAACGUCCGCAGUUUGGCGGCCAUCUUACGACAGGGCGCUCGCUCACUCGUAGCAUUGAGUUUUAAUGAUGCAGGUACUUUUAAAUGACCAUAACUUGCUUAAUUUUUUACCGAUUUUCAAACGGAUUGGUUUGUUAUAAACGUCAAAGAUGUACCUAUGACACUGAAUACGUAUACUAAAAAUAAAAAAUAAAUUCAUGAAACAUGUUAAAGCAUCCAGAAUUAUAGCCACGUUAAUAACGUUUGUAAAAAACCAAACCGUUUGUAAAUCCGUCAAGAAUUCAGCAAGUUACGAGCAUUUUAGUUGGCGUAUGUCACUCACCUUCCGUCCACAGCAGCAGGGAGCAGCACUAUGGCAGCACUGACCUAAGAUGGCCGCCAAGUGACGACACAGCUGACUCCGCCUUGAGCCAUCUAGCCUUUAUACAUAUCUAUGGUUUUCGCGCUGAAAUGACAUGACGUGAUGACGACGUAUGUCACGUGAUGUAGCAACAUGGCGGAUGUAGUACGUCCGAAUCUCAUUCAUACUACCAGGAUUCAUACUAUACAGUACCUACUGUUUUAACGCCAAGUAAGUAGGUACUUCAUCUAAUUCAGUACCUACUAUACAGUAUGCAGUUUCGGACGCAGCCAAAGAGUCUGGCCACGCCCCAUUGCAAAGUGUUACUUCCGUUAAGGAGGGUCCUCUGUUGAAGUUUAAAACUAUUGGAUCUGCCCAGAGUCACUCAGGAUCUGCCAUAGGUGAUCGCUUACGUGUGGUCGUGACGUUUAUCAUGCGCUGAAACCGUCCGGAAACAACAAGUCCGAAUGAUCAGACCAACAAAGCUUAUCAAAAAAAAUUUUUACUCCGGCUUUAACUUCAGUAUAUUCGGCAGUUUUGCAACAACAGACCGAAUAGUUUUUCUCACGUAUUUCUACGCUGCCAUUACUGAACUACAACUCAAACUGACGCACGACCUCAACGUCACCGUUCUUAGCCACUCCCCUCUGUUCGCUGAUUGGACCUGCAGAUUUUUGCAGGAGAAAACGAAACUCUACACAGCAGUCCCAGACAUAGUACUGAAGCGAAAUGAAAAUUAAGCGGACGCAUGUAGGAGGGCGGAGCCAGGCUAGCUUCAAAGGGCUCUAAAUAAUCAAUUGAGGCAUACGGGUCUAGCAAAACGAUCGUCAUCAUAAUAAAAUAUUGAAAAACGGUGGUGUUUUCCCUUAAAUGUUAUUCUUAAUCUCUCAUAAAUUAAAAGUUAUCAUUAUUAGUAUAACUAUGCAAUAUGCAAAGUUUUGUUAAUCAAAGCAAGCAAAACAAAUCAAACAGUAAUAUUACAUUUUCUGAUUUAAAGGUAAUUGAAAUAAAUAUUAAAAUAAAUAUUUUGGUUUUUGAGAAUUAUUAUUAUUAUUAUUAUUAAUAAAUUAUCAAUAUCUUAUAUUGAUUCUAUAAACAAUAUUUUUUAAACAAAAUAAUUUGUUUCAUACACACAAAUUUUAUAAAAGGUCUACAGGAUUUCUAUAGCAUUGUCUUGCCUUUCCUAAUGUGUUUACCCAAAACUUAAAAUCGAAUUACUUUUAUUAUGUAGCUGCUAUAAAUAGAAGAAUAAAAAAGUGAAGUUCAAGGUCUAAAAAGUCUUUUGUUUUGUAAACAAUUGACAGCCACGGAUGACGUCAUUGCACAUAUUCAACACUAGAUGGCAGCUCAAGUCUGAUGAUGAUUUGGUUUGUGGAUGGUCAUGUUUACACAUAAAGUGUCUUUGUUGCACAAAUAAUAACAGAUUAUACACUUUGCAACCCAAUCACAAAUUGUUGUCACAGUUGUGUUGUUGUAUUUAUAGCUAUUCUUACUUCCUGUAACAUGUACACUAACUGCAAACAUCCCUCAAUGAAACAGGUCAAGCACCUCUUGUAGACAGAGAAAGGUUAGGGGUCAAAGUGUAGCAAAGGUCAAACUAUUCAAGUGUUUUGUUUUUCUCUACCUAUGUGUGUAUAUGAAUUAGUUUGUAUAUUUGUCCGUCUUUUAAUAUGUCUGUUAAACGAGGAAUGUUACCGAGUUCCUUUAUGACCCUCAACAAACUCAAUAAACCUUACACACGUUCAAAACCACACACAUAUGCUGUAGAGCUGACCUGAGAAAGCAUUAUAUUACACUACUUAACUGCAUUUAUAUUGUAUGUGAUAUAUAUUCAUAUAUAAGCAUUAGGUAAUUAAAAAAAAUGAUUUAAGGUUUUUAGUAUAUCACAAUCUGUUAGAAACUGAGUGUUUGCAUGUGUAUAGGUAUGAGUGUGUGUGUGUGUGUGUGUGUGUGUGUGUGUGUGUGUGUGUGUGUGUCUGUCUAUAAGGGGGUGGGUGUACCAUUGCAUGUCAGACAGCAAAGAGCCACAGUUAUCUAAGAAUCUGAGCCAAAAGAGCCUCACAAACAAAAAGGGAGCACAGGAGAGGGAGGGAUAGAAGAUCAAAUAAAAGAGAAAAACAGGAGACGAGACUCUGUGGAGCGCAUAGUGAGAUAGGAAUACAAUGUGUAGGACAGAGCAAUAGACUAUAGAAGAAGCUGCACAAUUUGUUACAGGGCAAGUAUUAAAGAUACAGUAAGUACACAGAGGCAACAGGUGCAUACUAUUUCUCUGGACUCCACUGCGGUUUCCCACAGGCGGUCCCAACAUCAUGCGUGUAUGUGUGUGCGUGUUACCCUUGCUUUUGCUGGGAACGAACAUGAUGUACAUUUGUGUUGGUCAGAGGGAUGCUUUGGUGGCCGGACCCCCCAACAGCAUCGCAACAGCUUCACCUCAUAAAAUUCAUCACCCGCAGGACACACGGCUCAAAAAAGGUCCAGAGAAUCGCAGAAUCGCACAGGUGUCUGACGCUUCUGAACGUCUCAUCCAGCUUCAGCGUUGUAUGCUACAACAUGAAUCGGUGGUUUUGAGUCAGACAGACAGCUCUGAAUCGAUUGUAGGCUUUUUGGCUCUUAUGGCAGCAGUGCUAACAGAAUGUGACCUCCGCUGCCAUACUCACAGACUUAAAGAGUUGAGCACCAGACUCGAAAGUGUGGUGGGCAGAGGUGGAGAGAAAGACUUGCUGCUGUUGUUGAAGAGUAUCACACGUUCCACACCUAACAGCCCCAAACCAAGGACACCUACAGUUCCUCCCUCCGCAGGCCUUUACCCUCAAGACUGUCAAGAGAUCUACCAGUUAGGAAUCAAAGAGAAUGGAAUUUACACCAUACAACCAGAUCCAAAGCAGCCAGCGCUGGAGGCUGUGUGUGACAUGACUUCAGCCGGAGGGGGGUGGACAGUGUUCCAGCGUCGGUUUGAUGGACAAACUGACUUUAAUCGAACCUGGCAGGAAUACCGUGAUGGAUUUGGCUCACCGCAGACAGAGCACUGGUUAGGCAAUGCAGUUCUCCAUGCCCUGACCUCUAGUGGCCAUCACACACUCCGCAUCACCCUUCAAGACUGGUACGAACAGAAGCGCCACGCAAACUAUAACACCUUUAAAGUGGCAGGAGAAAACCAGAGGUUUCGCAUCACUGCUCGAGAUUACUACGGGGAUGCUGGCAAUGCCCUCAGCUAUAGCAGACAGUAUAAUCACGACGGCAGAGCGUUCAGCACAUAUGAUCGAGAUAAUGACCGCUAUGCCACUGGUAACUGUGCCCGCUACUAUGGUGCAGGCUGGUGGUUUGACUCCUGUUUGGCUGCUAACCUUAAUGGACGCUACUACAAUGGGCGUUACACUGGCAUCACAGAUGGAAUCUACUGGGGCACCUGGUAUAUCCUGACUGACUAUCGCUCAGGGGAAAGAUACUCAUUCAAAAGUGUCGAAAUGAAAACAAGACCCAAACGGAGCUAGGACAGACUUGAAUUUGUAUUUUUUCUAAUGACAAUGUAAGAAUAUAAUCUUGUGAUUUUGACGUGUACACAUAUUCUUCCUUGCACUCUGUAUUUCAGGGGUUCUUAAAGUUGGGUUCGGGGACCCCUAGUGGUCCUCAAUCCUUAGCCAGGUGGUCUGUGAAAUAAUUUGUUAUAAAUAAUAUAAUUGUGUUUUAUAUAAUACUAAAUGUUUUAUAAAGGACUGUUAAUUAUAUUGUAACUUGGACCUGCAAUAGUAAACUUUUUAUUUGAAGAUUUUCAGUAUGUUUAUAAACAUUUUCUUACACAAUAAAUUUUCAAAUGCCACAGUGUAAGCUGGUUGAACUCCUUGCAUGUUUCUAUUUAUAUUUAUAUCUAUAUCAAAGGCAUGAAUUUAUUUUAAUUCUUAAUUAAACAUGGGACUUCAUUUAAGCAGGGAUGGGCAACUUCAGUGCCUAAACGUUUCUAGUAUGCCUAGUAAGACCCUAAUUGGCUGCUUCAGGUGUGUUUAAAGGCGGAGUGCACAAUGUUUGAAAAACACUUUGGAAAAGGUAGUCGGGCCGAUUACCAAAACACACUUGUAGCCAAUCAGCAGUAAGGGGCGUGUCUACUAACCAACAUCCUUGACUGGGUUGCGUAUGUGUGGGGCAGGUGUAUAAAAAGAAGGUCCAGAUUCUAUUGGGGUAGGGGUGUGUAUGUUUAGGUGAUUUCAAAUAUCAACAUUGGCUUUCAAACAUUGUGCCUUUAAUUAUGGUUGUAGCUAAACUAUGCAGAAC